AUGGCCGGGUGGGCUCGGAGGGGUUCGGAGGGGCUCGGGGGGGUGCGGUGGUGCCUGCUGCUGCUGCUGCUACCGGGGCUGCUGCUGCUGCUGCUCGGGGGGGGCCGGGCCCAGGGCCCGGGGCCCACCCGCUUCGUCUGCACCUCGGUGCCCCUCGACACCGACGUCUGCGCCGGGGGGCCCGGGGGGUCCCCCUCCUCCUCCGGGGGGUCCUCGUCCUCCUCCUCCUCGGGGGGCGGCUGGUCGGCGGAGGGGCUCCGCGCGCUGGUGGCGCAGCUGCGGGGGACGGUGUCGGAGCAGCAGGAGACCAUCUCGGGGCAGCGGGCCGCCAUCCGCCGGCUCAGCGACCAGCUGGCCCGCUGCCAGGGCCAGGGCCAGGGCCAGGGCCAGGGCCGCCCCCCCGGGGCCCCGGACCCCAGCCGCCGACCCCCGGGGGACCCCCACAACCCCGACGCCGACGCCGACGCCCUGGCCCGGCUGGCACAGACCCUGCAGUCGCUCAAGACCAGGCUGGAGAGCCUCGAGCAGUCGAGCCGCCUGAACUCGUCGGGGCAGACCGCCCGCCUGAAGGACGCCCUGCAGAGCAAGAUCGAGGAGCUGGAGCGGCAGGUCCUGGCCCGGGUGGGCGGCCUGGAGGAGGAGGGCCGGCCGGGCCCCGGCAACCGCACGGACCAGCGCCUCAACAUUGACAGUGCCCUCACCUCCCUGCACCAGCGCAUCAGUGACCUGGAGAAAGGUCAGAAGGACAACCGCCCGGGGGACAAGUUCCAGCUGACGUUCCCUCUGCGGACAAACUACAUGUACGCCAAGGUGAAGAAGAGCCUGCCGGAGAUGUACGCCUUCACCGUGUGCAUGUGGCUCAAAUCCAACGCCUCGCCGGGCGUCGGGACCCCCUUCUCCUACGCCGUGCCCGGGCAGGCCAACGAGCUCGUCCUCAUCGAGUGGGGCAACAACCCGAUGGAGAUCCUCAUCAACGACAAGGUGGCCAAGCUGCCCUUUGUGAUCAACGACGGCAAGUGGCAUCACAUCUGCAUCACCUGGACCACUCGGGACGGCGUGUGGGAGGCCUAUCAGGACGGCACCCAGGGCGGUAACGGGGAGAACCUGGCCCCCUAUCACCCCAUCAAGCCCCAGGGCGUGCUGGUGCUGGGCCAGGAGCAGGACACGCUGGGCGGGGGAUUCGACGCCACGCAGGCCUUCGUGGGCGAGCUGGCCCACUUCAACGUGUGGGACCGGAAGCUGACCCCGGGGGAGAUCUACAACCUGGCCACGUGCAGCACCAAGGCCCUGGCCGGCAACGUCAUCGCCUGGGCCGAGACCAACAUCGACAUCUACGGGGGUGCCACCAAAUGGACGUUCGAGGCCUGCCGCCAGAUCAACUAACUGGUCCUCCUCGCCGCGCCCCGCUCGGAGCCCCCCGGCCCUGACCCGUCGCUCUCUUCUCCCUCUCGCCCUUCCCCAGGAAUGAAUCGGGGGCACCGAUCUUCUCCCUGUUUGUGACCCCUCCCCGCCCCCACCGCCGCCGAUCGCGCUCGUCUCGUCCGUCCCCAAAGGGAACCGCGCAUCUCUCCGGGAGCCUCGGACUUAAUCUCUCAGGCAAACCCCGGGCUACGGCCAAGGCGGGCCUCCACCUGACUUUUGACCCGUGCGAAAGUAGGUGGGGAGACCUGGCUGGGGGGCGGCGGGGG